UACUUUCAGGUCAUUUCGUCGUCUCGCUUGGACAGGAAAGGAAAGGAAAGUUCCUUAAAACCUAAAACGGGAGUGGCCCUCUGACGUGACUGAUGACUUCCAAAGUAGACCGAUCACGAAGGAAGGAAGCGGCGGCGAGAGGAGAGGACGCCACUUCACAUUUCACGAUGAGUUGGUUCAGCACGCGUGCGCUGACGCUGCUGUCGUCUUCGUUCGGGGGGUGCGGCCUCCUCCUGGUGGGCGCGGCCGUGUCCAGCGACUAUUGGCUGCUGAUGGAGGAGGGCGUGGUCCUGCAGCAAAACCAGAGCACCCAGGUCAAGAUGGCGCUGCACUCGGGCCUGUGGCGCGUCUGCUUCGUGGCAGGCCCCGAGAACGGUCGCUGCGUGGCGUCCGAGUACUUCAGCGAGCCCGAGGUGGAGCUCACCACGGAGAACACGGCCAACAUCCUGAAAAUGGUGCGCACGGCCACGCCGUUCCCGGUGGUGUCGUUGCUGUUCGUGUUCAUCGCCUUCGUGGUCAGCAGCGUGGGUCACGUCAGGCCCCAGCGGACCAUCCUGGCAUUCGUCUCCGGAAUAUUCUUCAUCCUGUCAGGCCUGAGCCUGGUGGUGGGCCUCGUCUUGUACAUCUCCAGCAUCAACGAUGAAGUGAUGAACCGACCGCGCGAGGCCGAGCAGUUCUUCCACUAUCGCUACGGAUGGUCCUUCGCACUCGCCGCCUCCUCCUUCCUGCUUAAAGAGGGCGCAGGCGUGAUGUCGGUCUACCUCUUCAUGAAGCGCUACGCCGAGGAGGAGCUUUUCCGGCCGCACCCCGCCCUCUACCGCCCUCGCUUGUCGGACUGCAGCGACUACAGCGGCCAUUUCCUGCACCCCGACUCGUGGGCGCCGCCCCCGCGCAGCCGCAGCAAAUCCGACGUCUCCUCGGACAUCUCCAUCCAGCUCAACCAUGCCGCGCCCCCCUCUUCCUCUUCCUCCUCCUCUUUCCAGCCGCACCCCGUCCUUCACGCCGCCGCCCACACCUUCCCGCGGGCGCCCCACGGGCAGCCCUGGCCCCACCUGGGCGACCACCUUCCCAUGGCGGCCCCUCCCUCGGCCGUUCUUCCACCGCGCUACCACGCGCACGUGCGGAUGAGCGCCUCGCCGUGCUAGGCUGUGUGUGGCGGGGUGACGCACACGCAUGCGAACACACACACACAUCUGUGCGUGCACAGACACAAGCACAUACACACACUUCCACGCGCACACACGUACACUAUAAGAGCGUGCUUACAGUGUACGCCCCUGUGCCCCCGCCCCCCCCAUCCGAAGAUCAUACGGUACUGGAAUCUUUAAAAUUGUGAUAUCGCGCCGAUACAGAAAGCGGAACUAAUGCGCGUGGCUCAACAUUCUAAUCGGAUCGGUCACAUUUUGUUUAAAGUGUUAAACAGUCGGCAAGGCGUAUUCCACAAUUUUAUUUUUAACUCAAGGCAACAACAACCCUUCCGGUCCGCUUAGCAUCUUUGCUGUUAAACGUCCUGUAGCCGGUGAAGUACGGCCUUCAAAAUAAAAUCACGUCAGUUACGUCACAGAAUCCUGUAAAACUGAAAACAGCGGGCAAUAACAAGUUUGGUUUAUUCACACUACGAGCUAAAAGUUACCAGCAUCCACCCGACGACAGGAAGUCAGCACUAGCAAAAAAAUAAUUAGCACGAAAAAUAAAUGUAUUGUUACAAGGUCAAAUUUCUGGUUAACAAACGUAAUCGCAACGCACUAAACUAUUUUAUUGGCAUGUUUUUAUUUUGAAGACCGGACUAUACCAGCUACAGGUUGUCUUGCACUCAUGUUGCCGAGCGGACCGGAAGGGUUGUUGUUGCCUUGAGUUGUUAAUAUAAUAAAAUACAUGUUGCCAUCUGUUGAACCUUGAAUACAAAAUACAAUAUAUACGGCUAAAAUAUUACGAUAAAAUAGGUCUAGAGUUGCCACUGAGACGGGCACACACACACAAACACGCGCACACACAUUCAAUCGACACACACUCAGACGAACAUAUACACAGAAAUCCACAAACACACGCACUAACACGUACUUAGAAAUGCACAUUCUCACACACACGCAUACGUACACUUACAGUACUCAAGCACACAAACAUAAAAUACACACAGACACACACACACACACACAGAGCCUGGCCGUGUGUGGGAGGACGAGAGCGAAAGCAGGAAAUAUGAGAAAGAGGACAGAUGACUCAUCGCCGCCGAGACGGUCGACAAGAACGCUCAGUGGAACGGCGGCAAACGGACGCCGCUGACGGACGCGCUCCUUCGCACACAGGAAGUCGAAUCACACUCUCGUGCAGGUACAAGGACGUCUCAUUGUCAGGAAACAGGAAGUUGGGUGAUUGGCACAGGCAGGAAGCAAAGUUAAAUCAUCACACACAGGAAAUAGAAAGUUGAAUCAUUAGUCCAUGAAGGAAACAGGAAGUUGAAUCAUCACACACAGGAAAUUGGAAGUUGAAUCAUCAUGUGUCAAAAACAGGAAGUUGACGUAUCACAUGUAGAAAGUUGAAGUGCAUGCAGUAAACAGUAAGUUCAAGUGUAGGAAACAGGAACUUGAAUCAUUGUUAGACCAAAGAAAGAAACGGGAUUUUGAAUCAAUUGCAUGAGCGCGAAACAGGAAGUUGAUUCACAAUCUAGCCCAGGAAAUAGGAAGUCGAAUCACUAUUAUAUCCAGGAAAUGGAAUCAAUAUCAUGAGCAAGAAACUGAAAGUUGAAAUCGCUUGAUUGAAAACUGAAGCGUAACAAUCUUCAUAGGACAGCAACCAGGAGAAAAGUGACAUCAUCAUUGGUUCCCGUGUACUUUUUCAAAUGUCGGACCUCUCCGUACGAUGGAGCAACAAGAAGCCUGCUGACUUUGAUUCAAACGGCAAUAUUGCCGAGGCAGUCAAAUCCAGCGCGAGAACGCGGUUGAUUUUGAACGGGGGGCUACAGAAGUUGCUCUUCCUCUUCUCAUCCUCUUCCUCUCAUCUUACGCACAGUCAACAUAUAUGAUGAUAUAGAAAACAUAGGGUUAAACAUCCAUAAUGAUUAAGUAAGCGUCAGUCAACAUAGACAACAGUAAGAACACUUGCACAAAAUCGUUUGCCUUUAUAACGCUAACCAUGUCCAUUUUUUGAUACAUGAAACAUAUUGUCAACAUAUAGCAUAAUGUAGCACACGGAUAAUAAAUACGUCUAACUUUUUCUAAGGUAUUUUUCUGAGCAUGCCGACAUGUUGCCGACAUGAGUCGUGUUUUCUGGAGUUCAAUAAAGUUUCAACUUCUGCUUCCGGACCGAGUGUCUACGGGAA